UCUUCAAGCGUCUUGUUCUUUUCCGUUGCCCCACACAGUGAUCCCUUAUAGUGGCAGGCGACACCCCCACCUCCCGUUCCCAGCUUUGUCAACAGAGACCUGCUGAGCCCUGACUAGGAAGAGAGAGAUCGAUGAGGAAGGAGAGCUUGGCCUUGUUGACGACCCUCCUCCUGCUGCUGCUGCUUCUGCCGACUACCGAGUCCAAACUUAGCAGGGACGACUUCCCACCAGGCUUCAUCUUUGGAGCAGGAACUUCGGCUUACCAGGUGGAGGGUGCCGCUGCUAAGGAUAGUAGGACUCCAAGUUUAUGGGAUACAUAUACUCAUGCAGGGGGGAUGCUGGACAAAAGCACAGGAGAUGUGGCUUCCGAUCAAUACCACAAAUAUAAGGAAGACGUGAAGCUAAUGGCUGACACAGGACUCGACUCCUACAGAUUCUCCAUCUCCUGGUCGAGGCUUAUACCAAAUGGAAGAGGAGCCAUUAAUCUAAAAGGUCUGGCUUACUACAGCAAUCUCAUUGAUGAGCUAUUGAAAUAUGGAAUAAAGCCGCAUGUGACAAUCUAUCAUCUUGAUCUUCCACAAGCACUUGAAGACGAGUAUGGAGGAUGGCUGAGCCAGAAAAUUGUGGAGGAUUUCACAGCAUUUGCAGACGUAUGCUUCAGAGAAUUCGGUGAUAGGGUGUCUCAGUGGACCACCAUCGUCGAGCCUAACAUAAUAGGGAUGGCGUCAUAUGACAAUGGAGUCUUUCCACCAAACAGAUGUUCUAAGCCUUUCGGCUUACUCAAUUGCACCGUCGGUGACUCCACCACCGAGCCAUACAUUGCAACUCACAACCUCUUACUGUCACACGCCUCUGUUGUCUCAUUGUAUAGAACAAAGUAUCAAGCCAUACAAAAUGGGAGGAUAGGAUUGAAUGUGUAUUCUUUUUGGUGUUAUCCAUUGACAAACUCCAGAUUAGAUUUCCAAGCAACCCAAAGAUCAUUGGACUUCCUCAUAGGCUGGAUCAUUAGCCCCCUGGUUUUCGGAGACUACCCAAAGAUCAUGAAGAAGAUUGUCCGCUCGAGGCUUCCUUCCUUCACGGAGGAGCAAUCCGAGCAAGUAAAGGGUUCGUUCGACUUCAUUGGCCUAAAUCAUUAUCAAUCAAUCUGGGUCAAGGACAACUCCAACGCUUCCAAGACUGCACCUCGUGAUUUCAACGCAGAUCUCUUUGCCAAAUUCUCAUUUUCAAAGAACGACACACCGAGCGGUCAGUUAAUCCCUGCUGACGUACCCAUCGAUCCUGAUGGCCUGCAACAUAUGUUGGAGUAUAUCAGAGAUGCCUAUGGAAAUCCUCCAGUUUAUAUCGAAGAAAAUGGUUAUGGAUAUGGAACAAAUGACACAAUCUACGACGUCGAGAGGGUGAACUACUUGAGUGCCUUCAUUAGCAGCAUGCUCGAUGGUAUUAGGAAGGGAGCCAAUGUGAAGGGAUACUACGUGUGGUCAUUUUUAGAUGUCUUCGAGUUCUUGGCUGGGUUUCAAUCACGAUUUGGGCUAUACUAUGUCGAUUUCAAAGACGAAAACCUUAGAAGGCAACCCAAGCUUUCUGCACUUUGGUACUCCGACUUCCUGAAGAAGAAGAAGACUGGCACGAAUAUAAACAGGAUGGGACUGCAUGAAAGAUCUCAUUCUCAACAGUGACUCGUGAUGGUUAUCAUGUUGCUUUGGAUAAAGAUGAAGACAUACAAUUAAGUUGAGCCAAUGUGAGUGAAGAUGCAUCAUGUUUCCUUCGAUCUUCACUAGUUUUCUGCUAUUUGAGCUGUUACUACUAGGAUGAGCUGCAUCCAUGGCAUUAAGAUGUGAUGCUAUAAUAAAGGAGGUUGAUCCUGGGUGGGUCAACGUUAUCGUGCUUAGGUGGAUGUAUAAGAUUGGCUCAAAUAAAUGUGAUCAACGUUAUGUUCGACCUA